AUGCAUCACCUCCACCUCUUACUAUCACUAUUUCUUGCGAUCGCAACCCCACUAGCAUGGGCCGCCCCAGCAACAGAGCACCAGGGCCAACUAUCACUGUCCCAAGUAUAUGACACAACAGACAAGCUCCCCCUCCCAAAUGAAGGCAACCUCCCAGUCCACGACCCAAACAUCAUCCAGCACGAUGACCACUACUACCUCUUCAAGGGCGGCAUCAACAUCCCAAUCUUCAAAUCAGCCAACAUGUCUGGACCCUGGGAAAAGAUCGGCACAGUUCUAGACGGCGACAGCAUAAUCCACAAAGGCAACCGUUCCCGUCCCUGGGCCCCAACAACAAUCGAGAAAGACGGCAAAUUCUACUGCUUCUAUACGCUCAGCUUCAGAGGGUCCCGGAAUAGUGCUAUCGGCGUUGCAACGACGACAAAGCUGGACGGGAGUGCGUGGACCGAUCACGGUGUCUUGAUUAACACGGGCAAAGGCCCCGGGUCAGAUGUGUAUCCGUAUACGAUCACGAAUGCAAUUGAUGCGUCGUUCAUUAUCGAUCAGGAUUCUGGCCAGGCGUAUCUUAACUACGGCAGUUUCUGGCAUAAUAUCUGGCAAGUGCCGUUGUCGGAGGAUCUCCUUUCUGUUAAGCAUGCCCAUAAGCCCGAUGCUGUGCAGUUGACUUUUGUUCCGCAUACGAAUGAUAGGCCUGAGGAGGGGUCUUGGAUGAGCUACCGUGGCGGCUGGUACUAUACUUGGUUUAGUCGUGGGAAGUGUUGCCAUUUCGAUGGCAAAUUUCCUGGUCGUGGCGAUGAGUAUAGUAUUCGGGUUGGGAGGUCCAAGAAUGUUCGUGGUCCGUUUGUGGAUCGGGGUGGGAAGCUUUUGACCGAGGGUGGUGGUGAGGUUGUUUAUGGCUCUAACAAUGGGGUUGUUUAUGCUCCUGGUGGCCUUGGUGUACUUCCUGCGAGCAAUGAGUCUGUGCCGGAUAUUCUUUACUAUCACUAUUUGGAUACUAGGAUGGGGUUCAAGGAUGGACAAGCUCGUCUUGGAUGGAAUUACUUGAAAUAUGAGGAUGGUUGGCCAGUCCCUAUCGAGGGCCAGGAUGAGGUGGCUAGCAAAGAGGCUGCCAAAUCCAGUGCUAGGUCCGUUCAUGGGAUUUAUGGUUGGGGCCAUCUCUCCGUGAGUAUGGGUAAGUAG